GGCAGCAGCUCUGGCUCGAGCGUUCUCCCUCCUCCUUUGCAUGGUGCCGCGUCUUUAGGAAGAUGUCUGGAAAUAAUCCCGACAAAGACGACUCACCUCAAAGUAACAGUAAAAGUAUUUCACUCCCGCUUUCACGGGUGAAACUGAUCAUGAAGAGCUCCCCUGACGUUUCCAGUAUAAACCAGGACGCUUUGUUCCUCACCACAAAGGCUACGGAGCUGUUUGUCCAGCACUUGGCUCUGUCCUCCUUUAAUAACGGCGGCGGUAAGGAAGCCAACAGUCUGUCCUACAGCGACCUAGCUAACACCGCAGAGGAAACGGACACUUUUCACUUCCUUACAGAUAUCCUUCCAAAGAAGAUCUUGGCUCGAGAUUACCUCAAGUCUUUGGAGAAAAUGCAAAAAGAGGCUGACGAUUAAAAAAUACAUAGAAAAAAGGCACUGGCGGCAUUUCACAUAUUUUCAACUCUAAGCUGGACAGAUGUCAAAUGUCCUGCUGUCCUCUAAGAGCAGAGUGACCAGUGGAAGAGACACCUUCAACAAACUGAGAAGAGUUUAGCUCUAGAGGUCAAAGAACAAGUGAACAUAGAACUGAAAGUUCCUACAGAUUUUUUGUUUUUUGAAUGACCAUUGCUUGGCUUUUGCAGCAUAGUUUCACUGCUCUUUCAAUACCACAAAACUAAAUUUAUAAGAAUGACCAUAGAAAAGUGAAUGGAUAAAUCAUAAUGUGAACAUCCUGAGUUUUAACUGCAGACUAUCAUCACUAUCACUCUGGUGUUUCAUACUCUAAACAGCAGUGUGUAUAUGUUCAUUCCAUUUAACACAGACAUCACAUUCGACAAACAUUCGCUACAUCUGGAGCACAAAUGUCUGCAUCAGAAUAAUUACUGCCCCAGAUUUUUUUUUUCUUGCCAUGCCUAAGUUGUGAUUAGAUUAUGUUGAAAGUUUGAUGUGCAUAUACUUUUUUUGUUUGAUUUGAUUUUUCUUGCAACUUAACAUGCUGUUUUCCAAAUUAAAUGUCACACUUGGCCUAGCAGAUCUGAAUAUUUAAAUUGUGUGUACCAUGUGACUAUCUUAUAAGGGCAUCACUCUGAAAUAUUUGUUUUUGUUUACAUUUGUAUUAAAGCGUUAUCCUGUCUGAUUAA